CCCCAUGGUGCACUGGACAGCCGAAGAGAAGGCGCUCAUCACUGGCCUCUGGGGCAAGGUCAAUGUGGCCGAUUGUGGUGCCGAGGCUCUGGCCAGGCUGCUAAUCGUCUACCCCUGGACCCAGAGGUUCUUCUCUUCCUUUGGAGACCUCUCCAGCCCCGCUGCCGUCCUUGGCAACCCCAAGGUCCGUGCCCACGGCAAGAAAGUGCUCACCUCCUUCGGGGAAGCCGUCAAGAACCUGGACAACAUCAAGAACACCUUCGCCCAGCUGUCCGAGCUGCACUGUGACAAGCUGCACGUGGACCCCGAGAACUUCAGG